GUCAUUGCCGUGUUUGACUUCAACUCAAAACGAAGGCUUUCCUUCUUUUAGUUUUCUACUCUCGCUGGAACACACAAACACGGUACCGCAGCUGCCACAGAGAUUUCAUUCUUGCACUUUCAUUUUGCAUCUCCCAAGAACAACAACAAUAACUUGCUUGCUCAGCACUCUACCACCAACAAAAGGAUUGUUAUUGGUGGCGGUGGCUCUUCUUUUAAGCCUAAUCUGCUACUUCUUCUUCUUCUUCUCGUGUCUGUAAAGAGGGUUUCAAAGUAGAAUUGAUCUCUGAAACAAACACACAGAGAAAGAUGAGAAGAGCUGCAAAUAAUAAUGGUAGAGCAGUCAACAACACUAUGGAUACUAUAAACGCUGCUGCCUCUGCCAUCGCAGCUUCUGCCCAAAAUCGCGCUUCUCAACCAACUCAACAGAAGAAAAAAUGGGGAAGCUUGUUGAACAUAGCUGGGUGCUUUGGAUAUCACAGGAAUCGAAAGCGUAUCGGGCACGCAGUCCUUGCUCCAGAAACAGCACCUUCUCGUGCAGAUCCUACUGCACCUGCUGCCGUUAUCUCAACACAAGUUCCUACCAUAACACUUCCCUUUGUGGCACCUCCCUCUUCACCUGCCUCUUUCUUUCAAUCAGAACCGCCUUCAACCGCGCAAUCUCCGGUUGGUAUUGUAUCCCUCAAGUCUGUGUCUGCCAGUAUGUACUCUCCUGGUGGCCCUGCUUCAAUCUUUGCAAUCGGCCCUUACGCGCACGAAACGCAAUUGGUUUCGCCGCCUGUUUUCUCGGCAUCAUCCACUGCUCCUUUCACUCCACCUCCUGAGUCUGUCCACUUGACCACGCCGUCUUCGCCUGAGGUGCCCUUUGCUCAGCUACUUGACCCACAAUAUAGGAAUGGAGAGACCUAUCAAAGGAUCCAAAUAUCUCACUAUGAUUUCCAAUCCUAUCAGUUUCAACCAGGUAGCCCGGUUGGUCAACUCAUAUCACCUAGGUCCGCCAUCUCAGCUUCUGGAACCUCGUCGCCGUUUCCAGACACCGAGUUUCCUGCUGGUGGCUCCCAUAUACUUGACUUGCAAGCAGCAGACCCUUCCAAGCUUCUUAACUUGGAGAAAUUUUCCGCUCAUGAGAACCGCAAGUCAAAAGAAAGUUCUGGGUCUAUAACACCUGAUGCUGCAAGGUCCACAACUCAAGGAAAUUUUCUUCCAAAUCAUUGGGUUUCUGAGAUCAAAAUGUCUCCACAUCCGAGCAAUAAUGGCUUGAGUGAGAUCAGUUUAAGCCAUAGGGUAUCAUUUGAAUUAUCUGCCCAAAAAGGAAUGAGAUGUGUGGAAAACAAACUGCCAUCACCAUCAUCAUCAGCAUGGACUAAGGUACUGUCAAAAUUGAAAUAUGAAGCAGCAGCAACGGUAGACAAAGAAGAAAGUUGUAGAGAAACUAGGCAUGUUGAUGACCAAAAGGUAGCAGCAGCUGAAACUCCAAAUGAUGCAGCCAAACAAACCAAUUUGGGUGCAGAGGAUGCAGUAGUUGAUGAGAAGGAUGAGUCCUUAACCCUUUCUUCUGGCAAGGAAUUCAAAUUCACCAAUGCAGAUGGUGCAGAUUCUCAUGGCCCCAAUAUAGUUGCUGAUUGGUGGGCUAAUGAGAAAGUUGCAGGCAAGGAAGGAGGGGCCUCCAAGGACUGGUCUUUUUUCCCAAUGAUUCAACACAGUGUGAGCUAACCAAUUAUCAAUAAGGGCUUAUUCAUGGACUUGCUAGAAUAUGCCAUUGUUUCCUUAAUUUUGUGCAGUAGUACUGCUGUGGGGUAGCAGACUAAACAAACAAACAGCACAGGUGCCAAUUGAAUCAUAGUAACUUAAGAUUGGGCAGUCUAACACACAGUGAUGGGGAUCUUUUUUCCACUUUCAAUGGCCCCAAAAACAUCUGCAAGUUUUCCGUAGUUUUAUAUGUUUUUUCUAUUUUCUAUUUCUUACCAAGAAUGGUUACAGAUAGUUGUACAGUUUUAGCUUCUGUAACUUUGUAUCCUUUUUACCUGUAAUAUGUUCCUAUAUAAAUAUAAAUAUUUUUGACAGUGACA